AUGGCCGCAAAGGAACCCGACACCCAUCCACUUCUCCGGCGGCCGCUCUAUGUCUAUGAUCUCCCACCCGAACUUCUUCACAGUCUCACCCCAGUCGGCGGAGACCAGCCCAAGGCGGCAGACCCCAUUGAUACUACUACAGCGCCACGACAACCCGCACCCAACGAGGAUGGCAUUACAUCCUCCACUUCCACCUCAUGCGCUUUAUGCAGAGUCUCCUUCGACAAUGUCCAGGACCAACGACAGCACGUCAAAUCCGAUUUCCACCGGUACAACCUCAAGCUGAGCAUAAAGGGAAUGCCGCCAGUGGACGAAAGUACUUUUGUGAGGCUGAUCGGGGAUUUGGACGAAUCACUGUCUGGCUCAGAAUCAUCUGAAGAGUCGGAGGAUGACAACGACGGCGAAGCAGAUAGCAAACUCGGAGACACCACUCUGACCGCCCUUCUACGGAGGCAAGCAAAAAUAUCGGACACCACCACGAAGGAUGAUGAAGAUGUGACGCCGUUGUCCAAAAAGAUUGGCUUGGGAAACGCCCCGCUGCUAUGGUUGACAAGUCCAAAGACCGGCAGCGAUGUCGGGCUAGGAGUGUACAAAGCUAUCUUGACCACCCAGGAUCAGGAGAAACUGGCGGGGACAUCGACGUCGCUGGUGGACAUUAUCAAUGGCAAACAAGUGAAACCCACCUUCGCAAAGGCAAGCGGCGGGAACCCAGGACCAGCAGCAAACGGACACGGGCCUCAAUCCUCUUCGCAGGACGAUUCUCACUGGUUUCUUUGCAUGAUUGGUGGCGGCCAUUUCGCAGCCAUGAUUGUCUCACUCGUCCCGGAGCUGAGAAAGGGGCCUGGAGGGGUGGAAGAGCGCCAUGCGGUGGUUCGAGCGCACAAGACUUUCCAUCGGUAUACGACGAGACGAAAACAAGGCGGGGCUCAAUCAGCGAACGACAACGCCAAGGGCAAUGCACACUCUGCCGGUUCUUCGAUACGACGGUACAAUGAGAUGGCGUUGGAAGCCGAUGUCAGGCACGUACUAGCAGAGUGGAAGGACAUGAUUGACAGUGCGGAAUUGCUUUUCAUCCGAGCCACGGGGAGCGCGAACAGGAGAACACUGUUUGGACCAUACGAUGGACAGGUGUUGAGGAGCAACGACAAACGCAUUCGCGGAUUUCCUUUCAGCACUCGUCGAGCCACGCAAGCCGAGCUUCUCCGGUCCUUCCACGAGCUCACCCGAUUAAAGGUGGGAAAGCUUGUCGAACCACCUGCCGAAAAGCAGCCGGUUGAGAAGGCCCCUCCCAAGGAAACGAAAACAAAAGCAUCAUCAGCACCGAAGCUUAGCAAGGAGGAUGAGACAGCUCAAUUCCAUACUUCUCAACUACAAGCCCUGAUCCGCCGGUCAAAGGCGCCAGGUGUAUUACUCUAUCUGACCAAGAAUCAACUGUCACCAAACUUUGCGUUCUUCCCCCCAGGCGAACACCACCACGCACCCACACUCCUACACCUUUCCGCGGCGACUAAUUCUCCUGCAUUGGUGUUGGCUUUGCUUACGAAAGCAAAGGCGGAUCCCACGAUCAAAAAUGGCGACGGCAAGACGCCAUACGAGAUUGCGGGCGACACCAAGACGAGAGAUGCGUUCCGCAUCGCGCGCCACCAACUAGGAGAGAGCGCAUGGGACUGGACUCAAGCCCGUGUCCCAGCACCUCUAAGCCAAGAAGAAGCCGACGCAAAGGCGCAACAGGAGAAAGCGGCUUCGGAAGCCGCUGAGGCUCGACGUCGGAAAGCCGAGCUAGAGCAAAUUCGGCAGGAGGAAGAACGCCGCAAUGUCAACCGUAUCGAAAAGAAGGCCGGGGCCGGCAAGACCUUGGCCGCAGCAAUCGAGAAAACUGGCGCAGAGAAACGCGAAGAAGAGACCAGAGGCCUGACCCCUGAGAUGAAAAUGAGGCUGGAGAGAGAAAGGAGAGCCAGGGCUGCCGAGGAGAGAAUCAAAAGAAUGCAGGGAGCAAGAUAG